AUGGGUGUUGAAACAUCUGCUGCCCACGGGGAGAAUGUCUCCCCGGCGGUCGCAACUAGAGUGAACUCGAAUAUCCCCAAGGUGACCUGGCGGUCCGUGGUCAUGGCCAUGUUCGUCUCGAUGGGUGGUCUUCUGUUCGGCUAUGACACCGGUCAGAUUUCCGGUUUCGAGCAGGAGACCGACUACCUCCGUCGGUAUGGUAUGCAGAACGCUGAGGGUACCUGGUACCUGAGUGACGUCCGCUCUGGUCUGUUGACCAGUCUCCUGUCUAUUGGUACUUUGAUUGGUGCCCUCGUCGCUGCCCCCAUUGCAAACCGGGUGGGCCGUAAGUGGUCCAUCACGAUCUGGAACGUCAUCCUCAUUGUCGGGUUGGUGGUACAGAUCUCAGCUCCCUCAGGUAACUGGGUCCAGAUGGUCAUGGGCCGUUGGACCACCGGUCUGGGAGUUGGUGCCUGCUCUCUGCUUGUUCCCAUGUACAUGGGUGAGAGUGCGCCUCGUCACAUCCGUGGUGCCAUGAUCAGUACCUACCAGCUGUUCGUCACCUUCGGUAUCUUGCUUGCGUACCUGAUCAACCUGGGUACCAACACCCUGACUGGCACUGCGCAAUGGCGUAUCACCCUCGGUCUGACCUUCCUGUUCGCCCUUGCCCUCGGUGGUGGCAUGGCUUUCUUCCCCGAGUCGCCUCGUUUCGACUACCGCCAUGGUCGCGUGGACCGGGCCCGUACCACCAUGUCUAAGCUGUACGGUGUGCCGGAGAACCAUCAAGUCAUCCUUGAGGAACUGGACGAGAUCCAGAACCAGCUCGAGGCCGAGACGGGCAGCGAGAAGUGGUACGAGUUCCUCACGGCUCCUCGGAUGUUCCACCGUAUCUGCAUCGGUAUGGCCCUGCAGACUCUCCAGCAGCUGACUGGUUCCAACUACUUCUUCUACUACGGUACCACCAUCUUCAAGGGUGCCGGUCUGUCCAACAGCUUCAUUACUCAGGUCAUUUUGGGUGCGGUCAACUUUGUCUCUACCUUUGGUGGUCUGUACACCGUUGAGAACUUUGGUCGUCGCAAGUCCCUGAUUGUGGGUGCACUGUGGCUGUUCCUUUGCUUCAUGAUCUUUGCUUCGAUCGGUCACUUCGUCCUUGAUGUGGAAGACCCGGAGAAGACCCCCGCCCCGGGUAAGGGUAUGAUCUUCCUCGCGUGUAUCUACAUCGCAGGUUACGCUAUGACUUGGGCUCCUAUGGUCUGGACCAUCACUGCGGAGCUGUACCCCUCCAAGUACCGUGCCCAGGGUAUGGCUCUGGCUGUUGCCGCGAACUGGCUGUGGAACUUCCUGAUCGGUUUCUUUACCCCGUUCAUCACCAGCGCGAUCGACUUUGCCUAUGGUUAUGUGUUCGCUGGCUGCAUGUUUGUCGCUGCCUUUGUCGUCUACUUCUUCGUCAUUGAGGGCCGGGGCCGUACACUGGAGGAGCUUGACUGGAUGUACGUCAACCGAGUCAAGCCGUGGGAGAGCAGCAACUUCGAGGUGCCUCCUCUGCACUCGCACCAGUUUGAGGCGGAGCGUAAGGAGUCGGCGUUCCAUGCUGAGGAUGCGUGA